AUCAGUAUUAGUAAAACAGUACUAAUUUGCGCUAUAACUAUUGUAUUGUACUUAAAGUUGAUACGAUGUCGAAGUACUUGUGUAUUCUUUCUUUGCUGUUAACAGUAGCCAUAGUCAAUGCAUUUCAAAAUAGGCUAGUUAGCUCCAAAACCCGAUACCGAGAUCUCAACAGUGGAGAUCUUGAACUACCACCUGGCACUGAUCCAUCUAAGGCGUUUAUGUUACUACGAAAUGGAAUAAGCUUAAUAAGAGAUAAACCAUCGAAUUUCGAAUUAGUAAAAUCAUACCAACAAACAAUUAAAGAAAACCUAAAAAAUAAUACAGUGGAAAAAAACGAAUUCCUUCAAGCCUUUGCUGAAUGGCAGAUGCCAGAUAUUGAUCGUAACAAAGAUCCAUUUUUGCUUGAAUCAGGCAAAAAUGAAAUUAAAGAUCUCGCACAUAGGUUAAAGUCCAAGCUUCAAGGAUUAUUUAGCCAUACGUAUGAUGCUGCAAAAUACCCGAUAUUGGCAAUACCAGAUAAACCAAGUGACAAACGUUCCACGUUGAGUGCCCAAGUAUUUUUGGAAGCAGUAUUUGAUACACCAUUUCCCCACGAAACCAUUCCAACAUGCCAUAAGGAAGACCUUCUUUUAAUGAAUGAACACGCUAGAACACAGGAUCCAAAAAAAGACGAUUUUGGAAUAAAAAACCAAAAAAACGUUGAUGAUUUAAUAGCAAGUCCAGAAUUCGAUGGUUUGAGGAAAAGAUUCGCAAAUAAAUUUCAGAUUGACUCGGACAAGGUUGACUACGUUACGGUAAAAGCCUUUUUCGAAGUUUGCCGCUCACUGAGAAUAAGCACAGAUUCAGAUAAUAUAGUCGUUUGCGAUGCGUUAAGCGAGGAAGAUGCUGCAGUAUUGUUACGAGCCGAUGAAAAUUAUUGGGCUUUGUUUACUGCCAGUGACAAUAUUUACAACGCACAAAUGGCUUGCGGUAUGAUAGAGCAUAUUGCAUCUUUUUUAAAGAGAGACACUCCCACACCAUUCUUUCCAAUGUACUGUGCACAUCGAUCAAACAAUUUAGUUGUGACCAAGGCCUUAGGUUUACAUCCUAAGGAGAAUUUCGAUAGUUCCUAUUACACGGCCUUCAAUACAAACUUGCUUAUUCUCGUAUUCCCAAAACCCGACGGCGAAGACGACUUGGUUGGCAUUUAUGUCAACGAAACACUAACAGCUAUCCCAUUGGCUGACGGUACCUUAUGUGAUAAGUUUUGUCCGUCGUCUAAAGUACUUGAAGUACUUGAACAGUUUCUUUUAAAUUACAAAUGCGAAGAAGUUGCCUCCGGCGUACACGGCUAUUCUUAUUCCCAUCCAAAGUGGUGAAAAAAAAUUAAAAUUAAAUAAUUUUUUCGUUUUUUUUAAAUUAAUUAUUAUUGCACGAGUUAUGAAAUAAUUAUGUCUACGCACGUUUUGGUUUGUUUGUUUAUUAUCAUGUUUUAAAUUCAAUAAAAAUUUGUAUCGGUUUGUUUCGAAUAUCUAAUCACACGUGUAUGUUUUAUUAUG